AUGUCGUUUGCGAUGGUGCGUCCAGCACCCAGCAGGUUCCUCUACUCGGACAUCAGCAUGAUGUCAGAGGAUGAGGAGAACGGCAGCGAGAGCUCGGGCUCUGACGAGAAAUCCUUCAACCUGGACGCAGCAGGCUUCCAGAUCAAGGUCAGCAGGAAGCGAAAGCCCAGUGGUGGGCCAGCACCCCAAGUGUCCGAGCCCCGGCAGCGCAGCGCCGCCAACGCCCGGGAGAGGGACCGCACCAACAGCGUCAACACGGCCUUCACCGCACUGCGCACCCUCAUCCCCACGGAACCGGCGGACCGAAAGCUGUCCAAGAUCGAGACGCUGAGGCUGGCCUCCAGCUACAUCUCCCACCUGGGCAACGUGCUGCUGGUUGGGGAUGCCUGCGGGGACGGCCAGCCCUGCCACACCUCUCACUCUUACUACCACCACCACAGCUCGCCUGGCCGCGACUCCGAAAACGCCCAGCCCCGGCAGAUCUGCACCUUCUGCCUUAGCAACCAGAGGAAAAUGAACAAAGACAAUGAGAGAAAAACAGCACUAAGAAACUAA